CGGUCUAGCUCCGAAGAGAUAGAUGUGACAGGAGUUGAGGCAGAGGCUACAUCACAAACCGCCUCCUCCUCGUCACCCGCGUAUGGGGAACUCUUGGACGUCAUGACCCGCGCCACCGCCAGCCUAAUCCUGGACUGGUCGGCGGAGAUGCAGGAACGCGCGUCUAGUAGCCAUCUGGAUGAGCGCUUCCUAGCAGGUCAUAAACGCUCCGCCCCCCGAGCCUUCCAUUCCUCCCUGAGCUUCACAGCGAGCUGUUGAGGUCAUGGAGGAAUCCUUUUUCUGCCCGCGUCUUUCCCCAUAACAAGUCAAACUACGCUAAAGUGAAGGGGUUGGAAGACAGCGGGUACACAAAGAUGCCUCAGAUGGAGGAAUCCCUUGCAGGUUAUCUCGCUGCUCCCCAGGCAUCUUCGUGGAGGGCUCCUACCUUGCCUUCGAAGCCGUGCCAGUUUACAUCUAGGCUCGUGGGCAAGGCAUACGCGGCGGCUGGGCAGGCGGGCGGUACCCUGCAUACUAUCUCUGUAUUGCAGGCUUACCAGGCGGAUCUUCUAAAGGACGCUGAUGAGCGGGGUGGGGGGGAGGUGCUGGCUCCUGCUGAAAUCGAGGAGCUCCGCCGCUCAUGUGAUCUUGCUCUCCGUGCAACCAAGCAAGCGGCUCGCGCCAUCGGCCGCUCUCUUGCGGCACUCAUUGUCACGGAGAGGCAUUUAUGGCUUAACCUGUCGGGGCUAAAGGAGAAGGACAGGUCUUUUCUACCUGAUGGCCCGGUUUCGCCUGCCGGGCUUUUCGGAGCUGCUGUUGAGACAGUAGUCCGUAAGUUCAGGGAGGCGAAGGUUAAGUCAGUGGCGUUUGAGCACUACAUCCCUCGCCGUAGGCGGCGUCCUUUCGGUGAACCACCUGAAGCUGAGCCUGCCGCCGGGCCCAGCUGGCGGCAGAGUCAGAAGGCGAGCGUAGCUGCGAGAGCCCCGCCUCCGAGGAGUCGGGGCGCUGGGUAG